UUCAGCUUUGGAUUUGGCUCCGCCUCUACGUGGCCCGCCACUCUUCUGCUUCCAGGAGGACCCGCUGCAGCAGCCCCUGGAGCUGGCCAUGGGACAAGUGUCCAGCGUGGCCCAGUCAGCCCAGGAGAAGGUGGUGUUUUGUCAUGUGGUGGGCGAGACCAUCCAGUUCCUGGUCAGCGUGGGGCUACCCUCGUCCGAGGACACGGGGCGCCCGCUCUACAGUGUGCGGCUCUCCCCGCUUCAUCUACAGCUGGAGCUCCACAUGAAGGAGAAGAGAGAAGACAUUCAGAUCAAGUGGUCCUUCAUCAGUGCGCCGGAGAUGGCCGUUACGAUCCAGCCCAAAGCACCGGGGGAGGACCCGGCGGUUGGGGCAGAUGCAGUCUCUGAAAGUCUCAAGGAUACUUUGAAACACCUGGUUAGCUCUGCCUCCCCAUCAGUGGUUCUGAGCACAAAGCCUACGGAUGUGAGGGAAGUUCAGCAUCUGCAGUGCACUUCAUCUACUCAGGAGUCCUGCCCUCCCAAGCCUCCAAGGGCUCAUGAGCUCAAACUAUUGGUGAAGAAUAUCCGAGCCUCGCUGCUGAGCCAUCCUGGUGCUUCAGGCAACAUUAACCCAGUAUGUGUAGUUCAGCUGAAUGAUCCCAUCCAGAAGUUCUCCAGCACCCUCUCAAAAAACGCUACCACCCUCACUUGGGAAGAAGAAUUCACCUUUGAGUUGAAUGCCAAGUCGAGGGAGUUGCACCUGCAGAUUUCAGAGGAUGGGCAAAAAUCCUCAGAAGCUCUGUUGGCGAUGACGACUGUCCCCUUGGAUUUGUUCAAGAAGCAGCCUUCUGGGCCACAGAGCUUUACACUGACCAGCGGGUCCUCCUCGGGCAGCUCAGCAUUGGGUUCGGUCACUGCAGAGUUUUCUUACAUCGAACCUGGGGAAGCGAAAUCCUGGCAGAUGCCUCCACCUGUUCCUGCUGCAAAGAUAGAAAAAGACCGCACGGUGAUGCCGUGCGGGACCGUGGUCACCACUGUCACUGCCGUGAAAACCAAGCCUCGCUUCGAUGCGGGGAGGGCGUCCCCGCUGAGCUCCGAAUCUCCCCUGAGAACACCUGUCAAGGUGAAGGUCAUCGAGAAGGACAUCUCCAUCCAGGCCAUCUCCUGCCACGGCGCCCCCGUCAGCAAGAUGUUCUCUUCCUCAGAUACAGAGCUACUGGUGCUGAACGGUGCCGACCCGGUGGCCGAAGUCGCCAUCCGACAGCUCAGCGAGUCCUCGAAGCUGAAGCUCAAAUCCCCGCGGAAGAAGAGCACGAUCAUCAUAUCUGGGGUCUCCAAGGCCUCGCUAUCUCAGGACAACGACGCCUCCCUGAUGCUGGACUACGCAGCCUCCAUGGAUAGCACCUGCCAGAAGGACGCCCCGGACCAGCCAGGGGCGGCCGUGGCCUCUGCCCCACCCGAGGAGGAGGAGGAGGAGGAGGAGGAGGAGGAGACCCCAGCAGGGACCCGACUGGCCCUGGAGCCCCAGGAGACUGAGCUGGAUUCCUGGGACCUGGAGAAGGAGCCAGCGGCCGGGGCGUGGGGUGGCCAGGCCCCGCGGGACCCCGCUGGGGAUGAGCUGUCCGAGUGCUCCCUGAGUGUGUCUGAGCUGGAGCCGGGCACUUCCCAGAAGCGUAAAGAUUCCUGGGGCUGCUGUAACAAAGUACCGCAGAUGAGGUGGUUUAAACGACAGAGAUUUCUUCUCUCUGAGUUCUGGAGGCUGGAAGUCCACGAUAAAGGAGGGAUUUUAAGGAAGGGCGCGAAGCUGUUCUUCCGCCGGCGGCACCAGCAGAAAGACCCCGGCCUGAGCCAGUCCCACAACGACCUCGUGUUCCUGCAGCAGCCGGCAGGGCCGCGGAGGAAGGGGGCGACGCUUGCCCGGAUCCUGAACAAGAAGCUGCUCUCCAGACACCGGGGCCAGAGCACCGCAAACGGCGCCCCCCGGGACCCCUGCCCCUAGGCCGGCGCGCGCCUCCCCCCGCCGCGAUGCUGCAGACGUGGACCCUCCGUAACCACCCGCCAGGCCACAGCCAGAGGGCCCGUGAGUUGUGGACGGCCUCCCUGUCCCCAGUCUAGCUGGGGUUUUUCCAACGAUUUCAUCUUUUAAAGGGGAAAAAAGCCAACAACAAUCUGAGCCUCCAGCCAGGAGGUUUCCCCCGGAGAGAACCUACAAAGCCCAGUUUGCCACCGGAAGCCACGGGACCCGACGG